GGCGGCGUUGGGUAGUCCUGAUUGGUUGACCUUGCAUCCUUCUUGCAUAACCGCAUUCUUUGUUCAGCCUUCAAUCUUCUCAGCUUUGUCAUUUUUCGAGAUCCUUUCACUUUUCUCUCGGGGACUCUCAACACCAAGAAAUCCAGGAAUAUGGCUGAUAAAUGUCAAACUUGCGGGCUAGGCACGAUAAUGGCUGGUGGAAGCGAUCCAAUAAUCCUUCAUGAAGUUCGUUUUCUUCUGAAUGAUCUACUUACCGCUUCUCAAACAUGCUUUGUAUGCGGGAUGCUCUAUGAGGGGGUCUCUUUACUGCCUAAUUUUGAAGAUGUUCAAGAAAUCGAGGUCAACAAGAGCGAAGGCGCCCUGGCACCCCUCGAAGUUACAAUUCGGCAGAUAGGGCAGAACGUGGGCAUAACGUAUGAGUUCUACAUCCCCUCAAAUGUGCCUGUUACCAAAUCUCCAUGGCCGAUACUAUCAAUUGGCUAUGAUCUCCGUUCAUCAACAGAAGAGCGCCUCGGCCUUACGCGUUCAUGGCUCGAAACUUGCAUUAACACACAUCAAAAUUGCCCCCCUGCUGUACAAAAGCUGCCCAAACGGGUCAUUGCCCUGGAUCCCCACAGUUCCAAGAUCAAACUCAAGGAAACCGCUAACGGAGAUGGAAGGUAUGCGGCAUUGAGCUAUUGCUGGGGCCGCACAGGGAAUAUCACCACCACGAAAGGCAAUAUCGCGAGUAUGCUGGCAGGUAUCGCACUUAUAGUUCUUCCCCAGACCAUUAAGGAAGCGGUCCAGGUAACCAAGCAUCUUGGAAUUGACAAUCUCUGGGUGGACUCACUCUGCAUCAUCCAGGACUCCCAAGAGGACUGGAUUCAGCAAGCCGCACUCAUGUGUGAUAUUUACACCAACCAGUGUGGGCUCCGAUAAAUUAUCGAUCGAAAUUAUCGAUUAGUAAUCGUUAUCGGCUAAGCGAUCGAUAAACGAUCGAUAU